CUCUUCGUAAGUAGGCAACUUUGCUUGCAUGAAUGUAAGAAAUCCUGUAAUUGUAACCUGUAAUUUAUCCCUUGCGCAUUAAAUGCGAAAGUUUAUCGAAACUUGAUUAAAAAUAAUGAAUUACCUACUGAAAACUGCUUCAACAUUACUCCAAGAUACCAGCACAUGCUUAGGCAUCAUUGCCAGAAAUGCAAGUAAGAAAGCAGGAGGAAGUACACGAAAUACAAGCCCAAAAACGAAAGCAAAACAUCGUGGCCUAAAACGAAAUGAGGGUCAUACCGUCACCGAAGGCACUAUUUUAGUUCUUCAAAGGCAGUUGCGUUUUCAUCCUGGUUUAAAUGUAGGUUUUGGUAGAAAUGGAACUUUAUUUGCUUUGGUUCCUGGUAGAGUGAUGAUCACAUGUGAAAAAGUUGAUUUAAAUUGGGAUCAUACAUGGGUCCAAGGAAAUUACAAAAAUAGAGGCACAGAGUUCUUUAAGAAAUAUUUAAAUGUUCUGCCAGAGAAGCAACAUCAAAACUUUAAAUUGAUAGAUCAAAUUUAAAUUGUGUGACAUGUAAUUAUUUACCAAACCAUUUAAUAGUAAUAUAGUUUACUUUACCAUCUUGUAAAUAA